UCGCUAAUGUUAGCACAAGUCAAUUCGGUUAACAAUACCACAGUUUAGCAUAACGGCUAGCUGCCUCACGCUAGAAGUUAACUCACCAGCGUCAAGUGUCACCUAUUAGCGGAGAAAACAGCGUCGAGUCUCUCUAGACUCAGGUGGAAAACAGCAGGAGUCCAGAUCUGCAGCUCCUCUAUCACAAACUCAACAAUGUUUCACUGUUGGGGUCUCAGCUCUGCUUCUCUGAUCGUCAACCGACAGAAAGAUCGACACAAUCUGAGGCGGAACAAACACCGGUAUUGGUUACUGAAGUAAAACCACUACAUUCACAAUUGGCUGCUUAUCAGAGUCAGCAAACUAAUUAUUGUUUAAUUAUCACGCUUUCAAAUUAUUUUACAUGUUUGAAGCCUUUUGGAUUUUCAUCCAUCCGUCUCAUAUUUUAGCUAAAACGUGUUGGGUGAAGCAUGUCAUUCCACUCGUUGCCUGGCAACCACGUAAAUGUGGAACGUGACGUCAAAGCCAAUCAAAGCACAAAUGUUGUGUUUCAAAAAGAUUCGAAAUAGGGUAGAAUUCAAACUGUCAGUAGGUGACCAGAAACAAGGUUGACAGUUUCCUGAAGACACUUUAGAAAAAAGGACACUGAAGACGACACUCUCAGCAACAUUUGAAUCAAGCAACAUGGCGAAAGACCUCGGAAUUAAGAAGGGAAGCAGACUUGGCAACUGCCACGUGGUCGAGGAUAUCCUCGGAGAGGGCAGCUAUGGCAUUGUAGCCAAAUGCCGUAAUAUGGAAACUACCAAGAUCGAAGCCAUCAAGGUGAACAAAAGCGAUGAAGGCGUUCUGGAAGUGGCGAUGGAUGAAAUAGCCAUCCUGAAGCGGCUGCGCUGCUUGAACCCAGACACGUGCAACAUCAUACGGUGCAAUGGGUUUUUCUUUGACAAGGAGAACAUAUGCAUACGCUUUGAACUCCUUGAUCUCAGCCUUCAGGAUUACCUGCAGGAGAAAAACCCCACAGGUCUAACCGCUAGAGAGCUGAGGCCUAUACUGCACCAACUGGCCACAGCACUGUCUCACCUACACUCCAGUGGCAUUAUACAUGCUGAUUUAAAAUGGGAAAAUGUCAUGGUUGUAAACCGCCAUGAGCAGCCAGUGAAGGUCAAACUUAUUGACUUUGGUGUGGCACGUCUCGUUUCAGCAGUAAAUCAAGGUGAUUGGAUGGGGACCCUCCAUUAUAGUGCACCAGAAAUGCUACUUGGAGUACCAUUCAAUGAGUCAGUAGAUAUAUGGGCUCUGGGACUACUGAUGGUGGAGUUGGCAACUGGGUACCAACUCUACCCUGGAGAAACGGAGUACGACGUCCUCAGAUUUAUCUUUGAAGCUCAAGGCCAGCCACCUGAUAACGUCCUUGACCGUGGAUGUUACACUCCUGAUUUUUUCUUUGCCCAGGAGUUUGGCAGCUCACGCUGGAGAUUCAAGACUCCAGGUGAGUAUCAGCAUGGAUUUUGUGCAUCAGAGAGGAGGAGCAUGAAACUCAAUGCUCUUGAUGACAUUAAGAAGUAUAUGGUGCAAGACCCGGGAUACGAAGAGGAUCAAGAGAUCUUGGUCAGCUUGAUUAAAAGGAUGCUGUCCCUUGAUGCAGACAGAAGAAUCACAGCUCAGGAGGUUCUAGAGCAUCAAUUUUUUGCUCCCAGCCUCCAUCAGAGCUCAACAGACUUCAAUGUCCGAAGUCCGGUUCCUCCUCUGUCUGCUGCGUCAUGGGAAGAAGGCAUAGACUUUAAGCACCAAAUUCCAGCUUCCUGGCAGUCGGCUGCAUCAUGGGACGAACGUGAGGACUUCAACUACCAAAGUCCAGCUUCUUGGCAGUCAGCUGCAUCAUGGGAAAAAUACACAGACUUCAACCACCAAAGUCCUGAUCCAUACCUGUGUGCUACAUCAUGGGAAGAGCACGGAGACGUCAUUAACCAAAGUCUGGCUCCUAUUCAGUCUGCUUCGUCAUGGCAGCAAUGCGUAGACUUAAACGACCAAAGUCCAUCUCCAUGUCAGACUGCUGGAGAAGUCUGUAUCGAGGUUCCAGAUGACACCAGCACAGAAAACAUCGGCUGGUUCAGUCAAACUCCGGCUCCAUGUCAGACUGCUGGAGAAGUCUGUAUCAAGGUUCCAGAUGAAACCAGCACAGAAAACAUCGGCUGGUUCAGACGUAUUAUUAGGAGGAUUGUGAGGUUCUUCCACACUAACAUCUGCUAGUGGAGCAGCUACCAGCUAGCUUUCUUCACACCCUACCCUCAUUCCUCCCUCCACCCUAACCUCACCCCAUCCUACUGUAUCUACCUUAUCUUCACCCCCUUUUUCUACCACCCCUCACCCCUUCCUCACCCGUCUGUCUGUCUCUCUGUCUGUCUCUCUCUCUAUCUGUCUGUGUCUGUCUCUGUCUGUGUCUGUCUGUCUGUCUCAACCCGGCCGGCCAGCAGCAGAUGGGUCCCCCCACAUGAGUCUGGUUCUGCUCAAGGUUUUUUUUCCCUGUUAAAAGGGUUCUUUCCUUGCCACUGUCGCCUUCAGGCUUGCUCUGUGGGGGUUCAGGCCAUAUGGGCUCUCUCUCUGGUUGUUUGCACAAGUAAACACACAACUGUACCAGAUUCUGGUUGCUGGUUG